GUAGGAAAGCUUAAAAAAUGGUUCAUAAUCAUAUUAUAAUCUACAAAAUGAGUGUAAAUUCUCAUAGAACAAUACCAUACAUUAUGUGUCUUAAAAAAAAUAUAUAAGACUAAAAUAAAAGAAAUGGGAAAAAAAAAUAAAAAUCCAUCAUGUUACAACCCCAAAAAGAUGCAAUAUGAUCACCACCCAACAGGAAUACCCCGGAAUGCCCACUGAAGUGUGGUGAGGCUGUCACUGACCUCCUUUCCUUCUUUCUUCUUUCAUUUUCUGCUUCCUUUUUCUCUUUUUUUCUCUCUCUCUCUCUCUCUCUCUAUUCCCCAGACUCCACUCACUCUCACUAGUUACUUACCCUCAAAAAUAAUGGCAACCAUAUUAUCCUCCAUUUCCCGGUUUGCCCCUCUCACAUUCCUCUACUUCCUUCUCUUCUCCUUUUCCCACAUGCCCAUUUUCGCCAUUGAUAUCUCCACCCUCCUUUCUUCCUACCCCGAUCUCUCCGACUUCGCCUCCCUCCUCUCUUCCACCUCCGUCGCCGCCGAUCUCACCUCCCGCUCCUCCCUCACCGUCCUCGCCGUCCCCAACACCUUCCUCCGCUCCUCCGAUCUAUCCUCCUCCUCCUCCUCCCACCACCUCGCCGACGUCCUCCGCUACCACAUCCUCCUCGAGUACCUCUCCUGGCCCGACCUCCGCCUCAUUCCGCCCACCGGCAAGCUCAUUACCACCCUCUUCCAGACCACCGGUCGUGCCUCCACCAAUUCCGGCUUCCUCAACCUCACCCGGGACCCACGCUCCAACACCGUCACCAUCCACUCCUCCAGCUACUCCAACGCCACCGUUUUGUCCCUCGUCAAAACCCUCCCUUACAAUGUCUCCGUCUUCUCCAUCAAUUCCGUCCUCAUCCCAUCUGAGGUUAAUCUCAUGGCUUCCGAGACCCGGCCCCCAUUGGGCCUCAACAUCACCAAAGCCCUCAUCGACGGCCACGAUUUCAACGUCGCCGCCUCGAUGCUGAUGGCAUCCGGCGUCGAGGAAGAAUUUGAAGCCGACGAAGGCGGAGCCGGGAUCACACUCUUCGUUCCGACCGACGAAGCUUUCUCCGAUUUACCAGCUAAGGUCAAGUUCCAAUCUCUGACCGCGGACCGGAAAGCGGUGGUUUUAAGGUUCCACGUGUUGCAUUCUUAUUACCCGUUGGGCUCGCUCGAGUCAAUUGUGAACCCGGUUCAGCCGACAUUGGCCACUGAGAAUAUGGGGGCCGGCAGCUUCACCUUGAAUAUCAGCCGGGUUAACGGGUCGGUCGCGAUUAACAGCGGGAUUGUAGUGGCGACGGUGACCCAAACGGUGUUUGAUCAAAACCCGGUUGCCAUAUUCGGGAUUUCUAAAGUGUUGCUGCCUAAAGAAUACUUUGGGAGUCAUCCGAUUGACCCCAUUAGUGACGGAGGGGAAGCCCUGCCGCCGGACAUUUCACUGUCUCCGGAGAAUUCACCGGACCCAUACGGCCCGCCGGGGAGUCAUCUGUCUUCGCCGCCCGGUUUAGAUAUGAGAUCUGGAGCUGCUACAGCUGGCGGCGGCGGUGAGUUGAGGAUAUUUUUGGGUUUGUGGUGUAUAGUAUUUUGGCAUCAUCUAUUGGUAUGACGACGUCAUUAUUGAUUUUUUUUUUGGAUAUUUCUCCAACAAAAAUUUUUUAAUUUAUUUUUUUCACACGAUGAAGAAAAAAAUGAAAAACCCAAAAAGAAAAAGGGGGAAUUUUGAGGGGGGGCCUUUCGAAAUUGGCCCAUUCAUUUUCUAGCUGGCAUUCAUGAUGGAAGGGGGAACAUUCUAGCUUUCAUGUUCAAUGUCCUUUAGGUGUAGAUUAGUGUUUUUUUUUUUUCUUUCAAUUUUCUCCUUGAAGCAUUUACUUGUUGGUUCUGUUGUUGUAACUUGUAAAGAAGUGGAAUUUUUGCACUGUUUUUUCAUCUUAUAUCAUUGUAUUAUAUUAGAAUGAUAAAGCUUAUUAGCUACAAUGUAAAAUAGAAUAUGCCAAAAGAAAGGGGAAAACUGGGUCCUUUCUUUUUCCCUUCUAUUGCCAUUUUUAUAUUUGUGUUUUUCUUUUCUCCUUCUUUUUUAGUAUUUUGCGAUUUAAUAAGGGAAAUUUUUUUUUUUUAAGGUUUUGUUAUAAAGUUUGGAAAGAUACCAAUUUGGUUUAUUCUCAUAAAUGGAAAAUGGUAUGAGAAGAAGAAGCUUUUGCAUAUCUUUUAGUUACUCAUAGUUACUGUACUAAUUGGAGUGAUGUCAGUAGCAACUUUUUAUUGCUCCACAAAAUUGUGCUUGUCUUUUUG